AUGUCGCUAUCCAAACCCGUCCGAAAGUGUCCCUCCAACUGCAGAGGGUGCUCGACUCUUGCAGCGAUGGGCGGCGGAUAUUUUCCCAAUCAACCAGCUGGUUCACCACUGGGGCAAUGCUUUGCUUCUGCUCAGGCGGCGGGUUUUAUCAAUACAUCUUUGAGUGCGAAUUUGAAUGCGGAUUUAAUGCCCGCCCCAUUGUCUAUACCGGCGAAAUCGGCGAAACGUCCUGUUGGAAAACCGCUUCGUACUCCACCUCCGGCGUUUUUGGAGAGCUCUCUUGAGAGAAUCGCGGCGAUAUCGGCUGUGGUGGAGGGGUAUGAAAAUUUGAUGAAAAGUAUUGAUUUUGAGGGUGUUGCGCAGCAACUGGCGAUUGAUCAUGCGUCGAAGGCGAAGGUAGCACAGGCUGCUGAUAUGAUAGAAUUGACGACGAAUGAACCACAGGGCUUUGAUACAGCUUUAUGUUUCUCGCCUUCGUUCAAUGAAAACUUUAACGGGCCUGAAGAUCCGAGAUAUCCUCUUGGUCAUACUUAUCUUCCAUCAGGUGUUGCACCGCUUCUCAACGAUCACUUGUUCACAAUCACGACUUGCGAAGAAAAGUUUGCGACAUCGUUUGUUGGUCUAAAUGCGCUGCUCAUGUAUAAUGCGUAUCGAGAAUUUGGGUUUGAUAUGGGUAUUCUUGAGGUGAGAGGAGAGUGGGAAAUGGCAGGGGUGAUGCGUUGGUCGUUCAGUUUGGGCAAGAAUAGACAUAUGGAUCAGGUGAAGAAGGUCCUGGAGAAGGUAUGUAUUAAUGAGGACGCUGCGCUGGAUAGGCUUAAUACACUCUGUAUAUUAAGGGAAAAUGAUAAUUUGGACAUGCUAGUCGAGAGUCAGAGCGCGGGGAUGGGGAGUUCGUUCCAGGAGGUGGUGAAGAAGGCGGUUGAAAAGACGGUUGAAAAGGCGGUUAAGAAUGUCGAUGGAGGAGAGCGAAGUCGUCAGAGGCUGGUGGAUGGACCGUUGAACACUGAGGCUGUGUUGAGGAUGAUUAAAAAGGUUGUAGAACUCAAAUUCGAUCCUGUGGAUUGGCAAGGUCCGGACUGGAUUGGAAGUGCGGCUAGAAUUUCAGCCUUGCCAUCACGACAACGACCAUUGCAGAGUAGUCGUCAUAUGAACGGAGUCUCAAUCAAAGAUUACUUCGAAGAUGAGAAUGACGAGACAUCAUGUACGACUUAUGUCCGACUGGCACCUACGAAGCAGCUGGAUUUCAGUUGGUACGAGAGGCGGAACGACGACGAUAGACCAGAACAUGGGUGGCCACAGCAUGUUAGAUGGACGGCGAACGAUGGAAAGAUCAGCGAAUUCUCGAUGCAGAAAAUCCAUGACAAUCUGGCUGGUAAGUUUUCCGCGUUAAAAAAGCGCCUAAUAGAUGAAACAAAUGCCGCGGAUGUCACCUUGACGUCCUUGCAGUCAUUUUGGCGGAAUACGGCGAGGGAGAUGAACGUCUUCGGAUGGUUUUGGGACGAGGAAAAACGUAUAUUGGUGCAGGGAUACAGGGGAAUCGAUGAGUAUGAGAAAAAUUGUGAUUGGAUUGAUCAACAGUUGCGUCAGUGGAAGCAAUGUGUAGAAGAUGAGUUGGUGGCUAGCCAUAUGGCUGUCAAGUCUGGCAACCUUACCAAAGAAGUUAAGCAUACUCUGAUUGGCGAACAUUUAUUGAGGCAAUGGAAAGGAGGACCGGGAAUGAUGGUUUCGAAAACCCCAAGCGACGAAACGAUGGAGGGAUCUCUUCUAGGCCCUCAUACCACUGAUGGCACUUCGCACAUUAAUUAUCUCUCUGUUCGCAUUGCUGUUGCAACCAGACAAAUACACGAGAUUGAGCGGCAUUGGUCCCCCGAUACUGCGGCUGACGAAAUCGUUGAAGCUAGGGGAGCGUUGGUUGAUCAUGUAGAAGCGUUGGAGGGUUUAAAACUAGAUAUUGAAGAAGGCCAAGAAGAUGACAAAGUACAGAGCCUCAUCUUCAAGGAUAAAAAGACAAGAAGGGAGCUGAAAUUGUGGGCGAAGGAACGCCGAGAAGAGAUGCGCUUGUGGGAGAAGGGUCCGCGAGAAGAAAAUGCAGAACAGAAUUUCAAUUUCAAGGAGCUGAGAGCAUCUCAAAGUAUGGAGGAGGCUAUGAAGUUGAUGGAUGAGAUGUGCAAUCACAAUGGAGCUGCAUAA